UGUGUGUGUAUAUGUGAGACAGAGGGCUUUUUUUUCUCUAUGCUACUAGUAGCAUAAACGACAAACGACUACAGCGCCAUAUGGUCAGCUCGAGUUCUUUCUGGUUCUUUCGUUCGCCGUACACACGUGAACAUGGCUCCGCCAGCAAAGAAAUCCAAAGGCCCGGUUAAGAAGCAAGUCCUUCGGGGCAAGGGACAAAAGAAAAAGGUGUCCCUGAGGUUUACGAUCGAUUGUACGCAUCCUGUCGAGGAUAAUAUUAUGGAUGUUACCAAUUUUGAAAAAUAUCUGCAGGAGAAAAUUAAGGUUGGAGGCAAAACUUAUAACUUUGGCAACAACGUUUCUCUAGAGCGAAACAAGAUGAAGCUCACCGUCAACAGCGACGUCGAUUUCUCGAAGCGAUACCUCAAGUACUUGACCAAGAAGUACUUAAAGAAGAACAAGUUGCGUGAUUGGUUGCGAGUAGUGUCGAAAGACAAAGAAACCUACGAAUUACGAUACUUCCAGAUUAACAGUCAGGAAGAUGAUGAUGAAGAAGAUGCGGAAUAAUUCUUUUUAUUCUUUCAAUUACAGAUGUACAUCUGUAUAUAUUACUUUUAAUAAAGAACAAUAAAAUCCAA